GGCUUUCCCCUUUCUCCAGAUGUUUUAGUCUUAUCUCAGCCAUUUGAGCAAAGAACUCCUCUUCCUUUGAGUGAGGCAUCAGUGGGAUUAGGGCCGAGGGGACUCUCCAUGUGAGUUCUAUUCUGUUCCCUGGGAUCAGGAUGAGGGAGAGGGGUCUGUGUGAAACCUCUUGUCUUUUCAUCCCCUGGGAGUGCAGCCUGCCAUUAAGUUUUGGCUCAUCACUAUGGAAUUGUUUCACAGUCUUUUCCAGCCUACUGCAGCAGGAAUCCUAAAGCAGAAAGUGAACCAUGAUUCCUGUCACUGAACUGCGUUAUUUUGCUGAUACCCAGCCAGCAUACCGCAUCCUGAAACCAUGGUGGGAUGUCUUCACGGACUACAUUUCCAUAGUCAUGCUGAUGAUUGCAGUGUUUGGAGGGACACUUCAGGUCACCCAGGACAAAAUGAUCUGCUUGCCCUGCAAAUGGGUUACCAAAGACUCCUGCAAUGACUCUUUCAGAGGUUGGACAGCUGCAACUCCAGACCCCACUUACUAUAACUCUAGUCUUGUCCCAUCUCAGGACACUGGGCCUACAGGGAUCCAAUAUGACCUAGACCGGCACCAGUAUAACUAUGUGGAUGCAGUGUGCUAUGAGAAUCGCCUUCACUGGUUUGCCAAGUAUUUCCCUUACCUGGUGCUGCUACACACACUGAUCUUCUUGGCUUGCAGCAAUUUCUGGUUCAAAUUCCCAAGGACCAGCUCCAAGCUGGAGCAUUUUGUAUCUAUUCUGCUGAAGUGUUUUGACUCUCCGUGGACAACACGAGCACUGUCUGAGACCGUGGUGGAGGAGAGUGAUCCCAAGCCUGCCUUUGGGAAGAUGAAUGGCUCCAUGGAGAAGAAAUCUUCCACAAUCAGUGAGGAUGUGGAAGCCACAGUCCCCAUGCUACAGAGAACAAAGUCGCGGAUUGAGCAAGGGAUUGUCGAUCGCUCUGAGACAGGCGUCUUGGACAAGAAAGAAGGGGAACAGGCCAAAGCGCUUUUUGAGAAAGUUAAAAAGUUCCGCACGCACGUGGAGGAGGGAGACAUAGUCUAUCGCCUCUACAUGAGACAAACCAUCAUCAAGGUGAUCAAAUUCAUCUUGAUCAUCUGCUACACUGUCUACUAUGUCAACAACAUCAGGUUUGACAUUGACUGCAAGGUGGACAUCGAGAGCCUGACCGGUUAUCGCAUGUACCGCUGUGCUCACCCUCUUGCCACUCUCUUCAAAAUCCUAGCCUCUUUCUACAUUAGCCUGGUGAUCUUCUAUGGACUGAUCUGCAUGUACACACUCUGGUGGAUGCUGAGGCGAUCCCUCAAAAAAUACUCCUUUGAGUCCAUCCGGGAGGAGAGCAGCUAUAGUGACAUCCCUGACGUCAAGAACGACUUUGCUUUCAUGCUGCACCUGAUCGACCAGUACGACCCCCUCUACUCCAAGCGAUUCGCUGUCUUUCUGUCUGAAGUGAGUGAGAACAAGCUGCGGCAGCUGAACCUCAACAAUGAGUGGACCUUGGAGAAGCUGCGGCAGAGGAUCACCAAGAACUCCCAGGACAAGCUGGAGCUGCAUCUCUUCAUGCUGAGUGGCAUCCCCGACACCGUCUUUGACCUUAUCGAGUUGGAGGUGUUGAAGCUGGAGCUCAUCCCCGAUGUUACUAUCCCGCCAAGCAUUGCCCAGCUCACCAGCCUGAAGGAGCUGUGGCUCUACCACACGGCUGCCAAGAUCGAGGCCCCAGCCCUUGCCUUCCUGAGGGAGAACCUGAAAUCUUUGCACAUUAAGUUCACAGACAUCAAGGAAAUCCCUCUGUGGAUUUAUAGCCUAAAGACCUUGGAGGAGCUCCACUUGACAGGGAACCUGAGUGCAGAGAACAACCGUUACAUUGUGAUUGACGGACUGAGGGAACUGAAGCGGCUCAAGGUACUUCGGCUGAAGAGCAACCUCACCAAGCUGCCGCAGGUGGUGACGGACGUUGGUGUGCACCUCCAGAAGCUCUCCAUCAACAACGAGGGUACCAAGCUCAUUGUCCUCAACAGCCUUAAGAAGAUGGUCAACCUGACAGAGCUGGAGCUGAUCCGCUGUGACCUGGAACGCAUCCCACACUCUAUCUUCAGCCUCCACAACCUCCAAGAGAUCGACCUGAAGGACAAUAACCUCAAGACCAUUGAGGAGAUCAUCAGCUUCCAGCACCUACACCGUCUCACUUGCCUUAAGUUGUGGUACAACCAUAUAGCCUACAUCCCCGUGCAGAUCGGCAACCUCACCAACUUGGAGCGCCUUUACCUUAACCGCAACAAGAUAGAGAAGAUACCCACCCAGCUUUUCUAUUGCCGGAAGCUGCGGUACUUGGAUCUCAGCCACAAUAACUUGACUUCUAUACCGGCAGACAUUGGGCUACUGCAGAACCUGCAGAACCUAGCUGUGACAGCCAACAGGAUUGAGAGUCUCCCACCUGAGCUCUUCCAGUGCAGGAAGCUGCGGACCUUGAACCUGGGAAACAAUGUGCUGCAAUCACUGCCAUCUCGGGUGGGCGAGCUGACCAACCUGUCCCAGAUAGAGCUGCGGGGGAACCGCCUGGAGUGCCUGCCGGUGGAGCUGGGGGAGUGUCCUCUGCUGAAACGCAGUGGGCUGGUGGUGGAGGAGGACCUGUUCAACACCCUGCCCCUGGAGGUCAAGGAGCGGCUGUGGAGGGCAGACAAAGAGCAAGCUUGAGCUGCUGACAAGAAGGCAGGGAAACCCCUGAUCAACUAGACAGGAAACAAAAGGCCAUUCCAUUCCAAUUCCAUCUCCCAACCACCCCAGCCAACACCAGACUAGCUAAAGAGAUCCUUGAAUAACCAACACGACUGGGAACAAGGCUGCUUGCUCCCUUGGAUGCAGGAUGGGGGAGGUUCGGGGUCAGGGUGAGGACCAAGGCAGAGUGGGUGGCUCCUCUACAACAGACAGCGGGAACAAAAGAGGUGCUGCUGUUCUGCAAGACGAGAAGUGGGAUGAUGCCAAAGCUGCCAUGGAGUUAACCAGAACCGCUGGUAGAGCCAACUUAGUUCAGGGUAACUGCCUCUGAAUAUAGGGGAGAGAAAUGUGCUGAUCCAGUUACACUGCUGCAUCGCCCUAGAUAGGGCUCUUGCAUGCAUCAGGGACUGAGGAUGUCUUAGAGUCAAAGGACAAAAGUCCAGGGAGCCUCUUUAAACUCCAACUCUACUUGGCUGUGACACUUGUAUAGUUCCAUGCUACUUGCUGAUGUAAUCAGUUGGGGCUUCUCUUUGAGGGCAGGGGGGAUGGCACAGCUUUUUUAUUUAUUAAUUUUAUUUUUUAUUUUUAAAGAUGCUGGCAUUUUUUGGUAAUUUUACCUCAAAUAUCAACUUGGAUUCAGGACUGGUUUUUUUGUUUAAUUUUUUUUUUUAACCCAGUUUCCAUCUGCUGACUUGAGGUUGCACAGUCUUUUCAGAUUCCAAUCCUUUGUGCUGACUAGUAGAUCACAUGGCCUGCUUCCCUGUCUGGUAUUGCUGGAGGUAUUGCCUAAAUUAGCUGUUCCAGAACAUUACCUAGAUUGGGCUGUCAGUAGGCUGAAUUCCAGUUAUGUUUAGUAAAUGGGACAGGAAGGAUGCAGCUCAAUGCAUGAGAUAAGACUUGGGUGGAAAGCAGUAAGACUGUUUCUGCCAGAAGCACUGAGGUACUUCAAGACUUUGAAUUUUAAAAAGUGUUUUAACUACUUUUUAAACUUCUUUUUCCCCUCAGCAUUUUGUCUGGGGCGUUAAAAAUACAAACACACUAUUAGCCAGUGUUAAAUAUAACUCAAAAUAGGGGAGAUGCUGCCUGUAGCAGAGAGGAAUGUUCAACAAGCUUCUUCCCUACCCUUGCUGUGGAUAAUUUUUUUGAGGUUUUGCCAGCAUCUUUUAUCAAUACAAUCUACAAAGCUGCUUGUUUUGUUCCAGUCCGUUCAGCUCUUGAUUUUAGCAGCUGUCAUUCUUGCUGCUCCUCUUGGCCUACAUGAUUGAACUUGGUGCUUGGGAUGGUAACCCUGUUCUUCUCUCUGCCCCACUGUUAGGGAAGAGUAUAAGAAUCCUCCCUGGACUGGGCUUCUCCAGCCCCCUCGGAGGGGAGGCCCCAUAGUGAGAGGAGAGGAAUCUGUGUUGAAACAAGGCUAACUUGUGACUGUUCAACAAAUCCCCUUCUGCAUUUGCAGAGGCAGACAUAGGUUAGUGAUAGCUACUCAUAAUCAUGUCCUCAAACCAGGGUGGUUAAAGUGUGGCUUACAUUUCCACCAGUCACCCCAAAGCCACCUUGUUAGAAGGGGAAGCCUAUGGACCCUACAGCUCCAGUAUGCAGUGCUCCACCUUGCCCAGCUGUUUGGAUCCUCCAAGACUGGAGCACUGCCUGCUGGAAUAUGUAGUAUUUGCAGGUAUUACCUACAUACUAAAAGG